AUGCCAACUGACAAACCAAAAACAUUAACAACUCUUGCAUUUAAGCAAUUAAUGGUUCAAGCACUAAAGAAUGACCAAGUUAUGAAAUCUAUUGUGGAACUUUUGGCAAAAGAACCUCUCUCACCAAAUCACUAUCACUACCUUGCCAAUCAGUCACUGGCCAAAACAGUUUUGGCGGACUACAUUCAUCAAAACAAGGGAGUGAUGGCGGUAGAAAUAUCUGGAAAAAUCGCGAAAAUUUAUGCUGACAAGUUUUUGAUCAUUGAGAUGGGCAUUGGAGAACGAUUUGGAAAUGUGCUCGAUUUCUGCCAGUUGGCUGCCGAUGAAAAAUUUGUGGCAUUUCGUAUUUCAAUUAUCUAUGCCAGUGGAGGCUACAAACACCGCCGCAACACAUUGAGAAAAUUUCUUCGAACACUUGACAAUCAGUAUGAUCUUGCCAAUUACUCUUGCUCAAUUCCAUGCUAUUUGAGGAAGAAGUAUCAUUUUAAUGAUGAAAAAGGAUCUAUCGUGUAUUUCCAUAGAAUCUGUGGAGAGAAGUGUAUCAAGAAGUUUCCAUGGUGUUAUUGUACGUGA